UAUGUCCUUCCCAGCCCACCUUGGGCACUGUUUCUUCCCAGACACUGGAAAAGCGAGGCUCAAUAAUACAUGAGCUUUGGUGGUCCUCAAAUCUGAGCAACAACAGCAACAACAGCAGUGUUCAGGGGGGUGUAGCGCCCACACACUAAGACGUCACCACAUAGUACUACAUAACAUAUACCUUGGAUCUAAUUAUGCUUUGUUCAUGUUAUUAUUUAAAUGCAUUAUUAAAUUGUUAACUUAGUACAUGGCGUUUAGGUGGGAUUUUGAAGGAGAAAUGCGAGCACAGAAUAACAUAGUAUGUACUACAUGAUAUUCCAAUGAAUUUGUGGUAAAAAUCGUUUGGUGACGUCACUGAUGUAAAGAGAAAUAAUGGGGGAGGAAUACGAGAGGAAGAAGAUAUCAACCAACCCUUUCUUGUACACGGACGGUAGCUUGGUGGAGGAGGACGUGUUGCAGGCUAGUCUGGAGGCUAAUGAUGGCUCCACUGAGGGCUCCAUCGCCUCCACUAUUAUUGGGGACUCAGAUCAAACCCCCCAGGCUGAGCUUCCCACCAGACAGGUGUGGGCCAUGGCACGUGCAGGUGUCAGUAUGUCCAUUGAUAUUGACGAUGACAAGUUGCAGACAAUGACUGGCUCCUAUUCAGAAAUCUUGGAGCGACCAAUGCUGGGACAGCGCAUUGCUGAAGAAAAUGAACAGCUAGAAGAGAAGGAUGAUGUGGUUAGAGAUGAGAUGGAUGCCAUUACUCCAGUCUGUUCUAGCAUGGACCCUGUUCAAGCUUUCCUCACUCAGGAACGUCUCAGUGCUUUUAUGGCUCAUGAUGAUUCUCUAGGAGAAGCUCCAGAAUAUGGGGCAGAAUUCUCACCAAGUGACAGCCAGGGGCGACCUUGGACUCUUCAAGUAGGGAGAUGCAGUCCAGAUCAAGCAGAGUCGGCCCUGCAGGGUGCUGGAAUGGUCACCCGUCAUGGAGACAUCAUAUCAUUUGUGGCAGAUGAUCUACAUAAUAAAAUAAAACUUUCAAGUCCACUGUCUAAAACAUUGGCGUCCUUCCCUGGAUCUCGAAGUUCGACCCCAAGUUUGUUACGGACAGCACUAGCCCCUCAAGUGCCACCUAUAGAUCCAACCAUUAUCAAUGAUAUUGAGACACAUGCAAGGCAUAUUGCUACAUCUGUUGACACACUUAUUGAAAAUCUCACUGGGACUCUCCAUAGUAUUUCAGCUCUGACUGUGGAUUGUGUUGAAACAUACCGAGAUGCUGUUUGUAAAACCUGUGAUGCUGUUGAUGCAAAUAUUAAGUCCAUGUAUCAGCUGAUGGCCAAAACAGAAGAACUGAGCAAAUCGAUGAAACCUAUUUACAAACUCCAAGAACAAAUUAAGGAGGUGAGGCGUCUACUUGACAUGUUUGAAAAUAUUAUCCACUCCAGUGGUUCAUGAAACUCAAAAUACAAAAAAUAACUUGACAAAAGUUUGGCAAGGUACUGUUCUCUGCCAGUGAUCUCUGUUGGUGAUAAAUAUAUAAACAUACUCUAGCUUAUAAAAACUAUGUACAGUGGACCCCCGCAUAACGAUCACCUCCGAAUGCGACCAAUUAUGUAAGUGUAUUUAUGUAAGUGCGUUUGCACGUGUAUGUUUGGGGGUCUGAAAUGGACUAAUCUACUUCACAAUAUUCCUUAUGGGAACAAAUUCGGUCAGUACUGGCACCUGAACAUACUUCUGGAGUGAAAAAAUAUCGUUAACCGGGGGUCCACUGUAUAUGUAUGUAUGUAUUAGGGUGCAUCAAAUGCCCCAUUAUUUCUAAAUUCGGAGGGAACUUUUUAUCCUUUUUUUUUUAUUUCUUUAAAAAUCAUUCCCUGCAAAAAUUGGGAAAAGUUUCCACUUUAUCAUUGUUGUCUACUAAGUAAAUAAAGCUUGAAUUAAAACCCAAGAAAAAAAAAGCAGACAAAUAUAGAAAUACUGUACUAAAAUCAUAAUGUAUUUUCACAUUCAUACUGUCAUGGACAGAAAUGUAUGGUGUUCAUUCCAAAAAAUGUAUGUUACUAGUAGGAAAAUGAAAGCCAGUUAUUUACAACCUGUCUGUGUUUGACUGCAAGUCUCUCUAUGUAGAGGAAGAAUGUAAAAAAAAUCACAUUUUCAUAAAAGUAGUUACAAGUUGCCUUUCAGUUUUGCUUGUGCAAUUGUGGCAACUACUUGCCAUCUUGUUCAACAACUUUUCUACAUUUUGUUAAUAUUCUUCACCGUUAGCUGCUCAUCAGUAAUCACAACAGAGCUGGAUUCUGCAUUCAGUAUAGUCAUUGAUGACUUUCACAACCUGCACGUUAAAUAUUGAUGUUCGGUUAGUAAUUGAUAGUGUUCAGUCUUCAGAAUGUUCUUCAAGGAAUUUUGUGUUCAACUGUAGAAUGUGAAAUGUUACCAGGAAUCUGGUCCAACCAAAUCACUCAUGUUUGUUUUGUUGCCGAAGUGAUUUCCUGAAACCCAUUCCAUGUUGUUUUUAAGAUGUAACAUAAUCUGUGUCUGGCUUGAUUGAGAGCAGACUAUCAGCAAGAGCACAUCAUGCUUGGGCAGGCACCUUGCUUGCUGAAGAAUGCAGUCAAGUAACAGACAUUAAGCUGAAAUAUAUGGCUUGCAUUGCUGGAGACCAGUUUGUUCACAGCCUCAAACUAAAGCAGAAGGUCAUUCCAUUGGGCAUCCUCAGCAGAAUUGCAAGUCAUUCCAAAUGCUGUAGAUGAGAGUAGCAAAGGUUACAAUGUCCCUCACUUCAGAGACUUGCUUCUAUGUAGUGAUUGUGCCAGGAGGCAACACCUUGAUAUGCUUCUAGAGCAAGUACACUUUGACUAAUUACAGCAGCUUUUCCUACAUCUGAUCUUGUGUUGUGGACCUUGUUUUUGAAUGUGACUGCAUUUUCAACCACUUGCUCAUAAAGGAACACUAUAUAGGUUAACAAAUUUCAGGUAGUCAUCUCUCAGGAGUAAUUGCUUUGGACUACAUUACUGAAUGAAGGUAAGUUGAUUUGUGACAGUGGCUGAUCACUGGUGUGUGGCAGCAAAUCAAAAUUUUUGCAAAUCCUGGUAAAAAGGGGGUGAAAUCUGGCAUUUGGGAGGCUUCAGUCUGUAGGUCAUUAAAAACAUGAGGGAAAGGCUCCUUAACAUGAUGCCUGUAGGCAGACCACAGAAGUUUCCAUACAGUCUUCUGCUGGAUUAUCACAUACUGCUCUGAUGUAUUUUAUUGGCAUUUAUAUCACCAGAUUCUUUAUCAGUGCCAAGUAGAUACUAAGGAACACUGAGAAACUUUAGCGUAUGCAUAUUUCCAAGUACACAGUUAGGUGUUCCUCGUCGUAUUUUUACUGGGUAAUGAUACCAUAAGUUUGGGAUACCAGUGCAAAGAAGCAAGCUUUGGAGUGACCCACUGCUCUAAGUUUUUCCCAUCAUGUCCUCAGUCUGUUGCUGUGACCUGUAUACUGUUGAGUACAAUGUUGAGAAUAUGUGGAUCUCCUAAUGCUUCUGUGUACACUUCUUGUUGUGUUGGCAUCACCUUCAGGCAAGCUGCUAGAGAAACUAUCUUUGGUCAGAGAACAAUGCCCAGGGAAAACCUCCAUUCUAGUAUGGGCUGUGUAAUAAUGACCUCUUGGAGUACUUGUUAAUGUACAAGCACUGGAUAUGCUCACUUUCCUUGACUUAUGCCACCCUCAUCACUGGCACAAUCAUUGAUGCUCUGGAUACAUGAGCUUUUACUGGCCAUUUCUUGCUGCAUCUUUAUGCAUCUUUCUGCCUCUCAUUGCUUAUAUAUCUGUUGUUGCUGUACCUUUGCACCCAGCACCUUACCUUACAGUCCGGAUGUGGCUGACCAGUUGACCUUCAUUGAUUGUAGGAAAUCUGUCCCCCACAUUCUUGAUUAGCUGUUCAGCAUUGGUAGGCCACAGCAUAAAUAUUUCAGCUUAUUUCUCAGUUAUGAUCUAUCUUUUUAAGAGAGAGGCUGGUAUUGAUCUUUUGGAGGGUAUGGCCCUCACCGUCAAAUAUGUACUAUCAAGAAAUUUUAUAACUUUUUUGCAUGUCUUGGGUUCAGUAAUCAUUGUAGUGUGUGCCUCUUGGUAGAAUUCUGACACCUUGAAUAACACAAGUUUGGCUGACUCUCAUCUUGUGCAGUUUCUUGAUGCAUCUUUUUGGAUAUGGUGCAUCAUUACAGCACUUGCUGACACACAGGAAGACCAUGAGCUUGUGACCUAUGUUGAUUCUUUCAUGGUGAUUUUUGCUGAUUGCCCUGCCAAUAGCAAUCUUUUUAGCAAUUAAAUUUAGUGAUAGUGUAGUAGAUAAAGCAAUGCUAUCCAAAUUAUCCAUCUGUCUUCUCAGAUCUGACAACAUAUUGGGAAUUAUAUAUAAUUUUAUGGUUUUUUUGAAAGCUCUGGUAUAACCAUCAUAAACAAAUUUGACAAAUAAAAUACUGCAGCAAAUUAUGCACAUGUAAUAAAUUUGCUUAUUGAACAUAUAUAAAAUAUUAUUAAGAUAUAUAAAAUUAUUACCAAUUUUGCUUCACUAUCUUAACAAAUUCAACUGUCAAUUUCUCAUUGAAUAAUUAAUCUGUACUUGAUUUGUUCUUGCUAGAAGUGAAUAUAAAAAACUAUAAAAUGAGCACUUCAAUGAUAAUUUGGAAUAAUUGCAAAGAGGCAUUUCUUAAUUACACACUACUGAUUAUUCUUAAUACUUAAGGUGGACCCCUAAAUAAAUUCAGAUUGAAAAAAUAAUUGUCAGGAACAGUAUUGACAAGAAAUGGAAAAUUUUAAAUAGGGACAGUCAAACAAUCAAAUUACUGAACCUCAGGGCAUUUGAUGCACCCUAGUAUGUAUAUAUGUAUGUAAUGUAUGUACUUUUUUUUUUUUAACUCAGUAGCCAUCUUCCACCAAUGGAAGGGCAACCCAAAGAAGAAAACAUUCACCUUUAUUCAUUCAGAUAACCUUCCAAAUUCAACAUCACCACUCCUGCAAAGUGCAGGCACUGCCUUCAUGACUCAAGUCCGGCUAACCAGUUUCCCUUAAUCCCUUCAUAAAAGUUAUCUGGUUCACACUCCAACUCUAUAUCCAUUAAAAACUGCUUGUCUCCAUUCACUCCCAUCUAACAUGCUCACUUAAGUCUGCUGCAUGCACAAGCUCCUAAAAUUCAAAGGCUCUUUUACCUCUUUUUAGCAACCAUUCCUGGGAUGACCCUUUCCCCUCUUACCUUCGAACCCAAAUUCAUACACCCUCUUUGUCAACCUGUCCUUGUUCAUCUCCACAUGCCCAAAUCACCUUAACAACCCCUCCUUGGCUCUGAUUUAUACUUGGUGACCCCACAUUGCCUUUUAAUUUCUAUGCUUUGAAUUCUCUGCAUGACACUCACACUACACAUUGCUCUCCAACAUGACAUCUUCACUGCCUCUGUCCUCCUCACUGCAGCUUUAGAAACUCAUGCCUCACACACAUAUAAAAGGGCUGGUACCACUCUACCCUUUUUGGCCUCCUUAGAUAACUUCUUUCUUUCUGCAUGUACAGUACUUCAGUAUACUACCCACUUUUUUUCUCUCGUCUAUUCUGUGGUUCACUUUGUGUUAUAUAGACCCAUCCUUCUGACAUGCCCACUCCCAAGCAUCUAAAUACAUUGACUUCCUUUUACUCUGUCCCUCCAGUCUAAUAUUCAAUCUAUCAUGGCCUAGAUUUUUUUUUUGUUACCCUCAUCAUCUUGCUCUUUUCUACAUUCAUGUUUAAUUUUCUCCUUUUACAUGCUCUCCCAAAUUCAUCCACCUACCUUCAUAAUUUGUCUCCAGUAUAUAUUCCUUAACCCCUAAACAGUCCAAACGUAUAUAUACAUUCUUACUGCUAGUGCCCCAAACGUAUGUACAUGUAUAUGUUUUAUUUUUCCUGCCUCCAAAUUUGGCAUGAUUGGCCUGAGAUGCCUGGUCAGCAUAGAAUGGAUAUUAACACUUGGUGUGCACCAUAUUAAAAAAAUCUGGGAUCACUUAGUACCUUGUGGGAGCACCAAUUAAAUUGAGCGCCAGCUAGUGCAAACAGUGCGGCAAACACCAAGGAUUCACUGAUGUAAUGUCAUAUUAACACUCCCCUUUUAAGAGGAAAGUGAUAUUAACCCCAAGUUUAGGGUCUGUCUACCUGUCUCUAUCUAUUUUUAUCUGUCUCACAGAUACACACAAAUUCAAUUUUACAUACUCUAAAUUACCUAUGAUAACCAAAAAAAUCCAAAGUGCUAUACUGUGCUUGUAGAUAUAAUGCAUAAGAAUACUUGUUGGUUCACAGUGGCUCUCUCUGAUACAGAGAGAGAGAGACAAGCAGAGAGAUGGAAAGAGACAAGCAGACAGAGAGACAGAUAAUCAGAGACAGAGAUACCAGCUCAUCAAAUGUCACCCCUUAUCUCUGCACCCUCGCUGGUGCCCAUCAAAUGUCAUCCUUUAUCUUAUCUCUGCACUAUCUCACCUCAUCUCUGCACCCUCGCUGGUGCCCACCAGAUGUCAUCGCUUAUCUCAUCACUGCCCUCCUGGAUGCUUGUCACUGACACUUGUCUUAUGCAUUGCUUUAAGGGAACUUCUUCUUCUUUCCUCCUCCUUCCUUCUUCUUCUUCUAUACUCCCAUGUAUCCAGAACUUUGCUGGGACCUAUAAAUACUUUGUAUAUAUUCCUAGACAAUAGUAAAUGACCAAGGCAGGUGUAAAUAUCCACCUGUCAAUGUGUUUGUAACAAUUUGAGUACAAUUUCAGUACCUAAUAUUAGAGUCAGAACAAAGAUUGGCUAUGAAAUGACAAGAACUACAAUAAAUUGUAAUUAAAAAGUAAAAGUAGGUUUUAGACAAGGAUGUGUAAUGUCACCAUGGUUGUGUAAUAUAUUUAUAGAUGGGAUUGUAAAAGAAGUAAAUGCUAGGGUGUUCGGGAGAGGGGUGGGAUUAAAUUAUGGGGAAUCAAAUACAAAAUGGGAAUUGACACAGUUGCUUUUUGCUGAUGAUACUGUGCUUAUGGGAGAUUCUAAAGAAAAAUUGCAAAGGUUAGUGGACGAGUUUGGGAGUGUGUGUAAAGGUAGAAAGUUGAAAGUGAACAUAGAAAAGAGUAAGGUGAUGAGGGUAUCAAAUGAUUUAGAUAAAGAAAAAUUGGAUAUCAAAUUGGGGAGGAGGAGUAUGGAAGAAGUGAAUGUUUUCAGAUACUUGGGAUUUGAUGUGUCGGCGGAUGGAUUUAUGAAGGAUGAGGUUAAUCAUAGAAUUGAUGAGGGAAAAAAAGGUGAGUUGUGCGUUGAGGUAUAUGUGGAGACAAAAAACGUUAUCUAUGGAGGCAAAGAAGGGAAUGUAUGAAAGUAUAGUAGUACCAACACUCUUAUAUGGGUGUGAAGCUUGGGUUGUGAAUGCAGCAGCGAGGAGGCGGUUGGAGGCAGUGGAGAUGUCCUGUCUAAGGGCAUUGUGUGGUGUAAAUAUUAUGCAGAAAAUUCGGAGUGUGGAAAUUAGGAGAGGGUGUGGAGUUAAUAAAAGUAUUAGUCAGAGGGCUGAAGAGGGGUUGUUGAGGUGGUUUGGUCAUUUAGAGAGAAUGGAUCAAAGUAGAAUGACAUGGAUAGCGUAUAAAUCUGUAGGGGAAGGAAGGCGGGGUAGGCGUCGUCCUCAAAAAGGUUGGAAGGAAGGGGUAAGGGAGGUUUUGUGGGCGAGGGGCUUGGACUUUCAGCUGGCGUGCGUGAGCGUGUUCGAUAGGAGUGAAUGGAGACGAAUGGUAUUUGGGACCUGGCGAUCUGUUGGAGUGUGAGCAGGGUAAUAUUUAGUGAAGGGAUUCAGGCAAACCGAUUAUUUUUAUAUAGCCAGACUUGAGUCCUGGAAAUGGGAAGUACAAUGCCUGCACUCUAAAGGAGGGGUUUCAGGAUAUUGGCAGUUUGGAGGGAUAUGUUGUGUAUCUUUAUACGUAAUGCUUCUAAACUGUUGUGUUCUGAGCACCUCUGCAAAAUCAGUGAUUAUGUGUGAGUGAGGUGAAAGCGUUGAAUGAUGAUGCAAGUAUUUUCUUUUUUGGGAUUUUCUUUCUUUUUGGGUCACCCUGCCUUGGUGGGAGACAGCCGACUUGUUAAAAAAAAAAAAUUAUAUAAAAUAAUAUAAAAAUGAGAAAAAAUGGUAUAUUGGCAACACUUCUGCAAGCAGCAGGACUCGAUAUUGAUAUUGCCGUCAGGUGAGCAUUAAGUGCCAACUUUGCAGCCUCAUAUCUCAGUAAGUACUGACCCUAAUUUUUUUAUUUUAAUCCUACAACACUUAGAAAAAUUUUCUCUUUAUUUCAAUAAAAAAAAGAUUUUUUUAUUUUUCAAAAUAUUCGGGGCACUGGGGGAGAGAAUGUAUAUAUAUGUUUAGACCGUUUAGGGGUUAAAAGACCUGUGUCAUGAGCAGAGAGCAACUGGGAUAACUCCACCUUUGUAUCGGAUCCAACAUCUUUGAAUCCCACAUCCCUCCCACCUUUGUAUCGGAUCCAACAUCUUUGAAUCCCACAUCCCCUCCCACCUUUGUAUCGGAUCCAACAUCUUUGAAUCCCACAUCCCCUCCCACCUUUGUAUCGGAUCCAACAUCUUUGAAUCCCACAUCCCUUCCCAAUACCCUAGCAUUCAUUUCUUUGACAACCCCAUCUAUAAAUAUGUUAAACAGCCAUGAUGACAUCAUGCAUCCUUCUCUACCUCCUACUUUCACUAGCAAAUAACCCCCCUCCCUUAUGCAUACCCUAACCUGCGGUUCACUCUGCAUUAAUGAUAGUGACAGAAACCACUUUUGUUUGGCUGUCAUCAGACAAAUAAUACAGAAAUGCCAGGUCACAACACAUGUGCUGCCAUACUGAUCACCUAAUGCGCUCUCAUUUGAAGUACAGUGAUCACUUUUUAACUACACUUCUUGCUACAAACAAAAAAUGUUAUGUGUCUACACAAAUGUUAAGGCACCUAAUAAAGCAGAGCUACAUGCUUUAUGUUUAAGGAGUGUAAAACACUGCCGUAUAUGGAUCUGUGUUUUAGGAACUUAACAGACUGAAAGAAUGGAAUGUGUGUGUGUGUUUGUGUUGUGUAUCAUUGUUUUGUAAACAAUGUACUAUUGAGAUUGUUAGUGUGAGUACUAUUGUGUUUUAUACAAAGGUUAGCCCUGCAUACAUUGUGCAUGAUUUGGGUGUCAUAGGCCAAAACAAGUUACUGGAAAAAGUAAAGAAUUAGAAAAUAACAGGAAAAAAUAAAAUAAUAAAUAAUUA